AGGUGCCUGGUGAAUUUGCUUUCGUCUUUCCUUAGAGCUCUGGUUUCUGCAUUUGUUGGGAUUACGGGAACCUUUUGUGUUUAAAAUUCUUGUCCCUUGUUUUCCCCAGGUUGUUUUAAAUAGAAGGGGAAAAUGAACAGAGGAACCAGCAAAGCUCAUCUCACUUUCCAGAAUUUAUUCUCUGACCUUUUUUACUGUCUGUGCCACUCUGAAAAUCUCCAGCUUUUAUCUGCACCGUUCCACCUUUUGCAACAGAGGAAAGCCCCUGAAGGUUUUUCCGCCCUUUUAAAAGAACCCACCUCUGCAGCCAGACACCAAGCUUCAUUUCUGUGCCAAAGACAUGAAGCAUCGUCUGGGCUUCUUGCUGCAGAAGUCAGACUCUUGUGACUACAGCUCUUCCCAGGGCAAGAAGGAGAAAAUAUCUUCAAGCCAGAGGGUUAGCCAAGAGGAAGUCAGAAAGUGGGCAGAUUCUCUGGAAAACUUGAUCCAUCAUGACAGAGGACUGGCUGCUUUCCGUGCUUUUCUCAAAUCUGAGUACAGUGAAGAAAACAUCGAGUUCUGGGUGAGUUGUGAGGACUACAAGAAAACCAAGUCACCAGCCAAGCUCAGCCCCAAGGCCAGAAAGAUCUAUGAUGAAUUCAUCUCAGUGCAGGCAACAAAAGAGGUGAACCUGGAUUCAUGCACACGGGAGAAGACAAGCCACAAUAUGCUGGAGCCUACAUUGUCCUGCUUUGAUGAGGCUCAGAGAAAAAUAUUUACCCUCAUGGAAAAGGAUUCUUACCGCCGUUUCCUCAAGUCCCCCUACUACCUGGACUUGGUCAGCCCACCUGGUGCUGGCUGCGUGCCCGAAAACUGCAAAAGAAGCCACACUCACACCCUAGACUGCAACUCUAACAUUAUCUCUCCGUGCGCCUGAACCUGCAGCAAGGCAAGAGCAGGCUGGGCUCUCGCAAGAAUAUAGGGCAGCAAAAGCAUUCAUUGGCAUGAAGCAACAGAGCUGUCUCCAAUAGCUGUCUAAUGUCCCGGUUGUAUCCCAUGUCAUGCUGCAGCCAGCAUUUGUAACCCAAGCCAGGCUCAGUUUGUGUAGCAAACCCUCCUCUGACUCCAUCGGCGUAGGAGCCCUGGGGUCUGUGUCUGACAUGAAAGCUGGGUGCCAUCACUGCAUGUCCGCUGUGUUUCUGGCGAGCCCUGCAAGCCCAGGAGGGCGGUGGGGGCACACGCUCAGAGCCAGCACUACCCACCAAGGGGCCAGACUUGCAGUGCUGCAGUGUGACACCUAGCACAGAGCAGG